UCUCCGGCCUCUCUCUCCUCUCCAUCUGACGUCUGAACUCUGAAACCCACGCACACAAACCUGAAUCCUCUCCCCCUCCUCGCUCUCACCGUGGUCAAAUGGCACCAGCCGCCGCCGCCGCCGCCGCCGCCGCCGCCGCCGUGAGGCGGGUCCACUUCGCCAGCUCCUCCCCGUCGGCGGGCCGGCGGUUCCACGGGAGAGCGGAUCGCGUCUCGCUGGCUCCCCCCGCGGCCUCGCCGCCGCGCGUUUCAUGGGAGCAGGGAUCUGGGGUGCCCAUCAGGGGACGAGUCUGGGCGAAGGCUGAUCAUGGUUCGUUCGAGCAAGAUCGCGUCGGGGUGGGCGCCGCGUCAGCUUCUCCUCCUCAGGGCGUGGAGGAGGGCAGAGUUGAUUUUCUCAAGAUUCUGAAGAGUGCCAACUCCAUUAUUCCCCAUGUAGUGCUGGGGAGCACCAUCCUCGCGCUGCUGUACCCACCUUCGUUUACAUGGUUCACGACCCGAUACUACGCACCAGCAUUGGGGUUCUUGAUGUUUGCUGUAGGUGUCAAUUCAAGCGUUAAGGACUUCAUUGAAGCAAUAAAAAGGCCAGAUGCUAUCGCUGCUGGCUAUAUUGGACAGUUUAUUGCCAAGCCUUUCUUUGGAUUCCUCUUUGGCACUCUUGCAGUUACGACUUUCAACCUUCCUACUGCUGUAGGUGCUGGGAUCAUGUUGGUUUCAUGUGUGAGCGGCGCACAACUGUCAAACUAUGCAACGUUCCUGACAGAUCCACAUAUGGCUCCCCUCAGCAUUGUUAUGACAUCACUGUCGACAGCUAGUGCGGUUUUUUUUACCCCAACUUUAUCUUACUUGCUUAUCGGCAAGAAAUUACCUGUUGACGUCGUAGGAAUGAUGUCCAGCAUUGUCCAAAUAGUGGUUGCUCCAAUUGCAGCUGGAUUGCUUCUGAAUAGAUUUCUCCCAAGACUCUGUUCGGCUAUUCAGCCAUUUCUCCCUCCACUAUCGGUGUUUGUGACUGCUUUAUGUGUUGGCUCACCAUUGGCUAUAAAUAUCAAGGCUGUUUUGUCACCGUAUGGACUAUCCAUUGUGUUUCUGCUUUUUGCAUUCCAUACAACAUCUUUUGUAGCUGGGUAUCAUCUUGCUGGUACUUGGUUCCGCAAAUCAGCUGAUGUGAAGGCCCUGCAAAGAACGAUAUCUUUUGAGACAGGGAUGCAAAGUAGCCUUCUUGCUCUUGCUUUAGCAAACAGGUUCUUCCCAGACCCUCUGGUGGGAGUGCCUCCAGCAGUAUCAGUUGUGCUGAUGUCCCUGAUGGGGUUUGGUCUUGUCAUGUUAUGGUCCAAGAAAACACAAUUGAUUCUGACAGAAGAUAGAAAGAGAGAAGAAACCUACGUGCUGGUGGAUUUAUCAUCCGAUGAUGAUAAAAAAGAAAGAAACUUUGUGGUACAGGUACGGUUACAGUACAGUUACACUGACAGAACCUAUCACGAGUUCUGUGAACGCCAAGCAAAGCGAAGCUCUUCCCACUUCAUGGCGUCUCUCCGGCUCGUGGCAGCACUGGCGCCCUCUCCCCCGCCCCCAUCUCGGCGGGAGCCUCCGCCGCCCGCGGCCCGCCUGGCGAGGGGCGUCGCCCUCGCGGCGGCCGCCGCCACCGUGGCCGCGGCCGCGGCCUCCCCGCCGGCGCUCGCGGCGCUGGCCGAGCCGGCGAACGCGCUGUCGCUGCCCACCUGGGCCGUCCACGUCUCCAGCGUCGCCGAGUGGGUGACGGCGAUGGCGUUGGUCUGGGAUUACGGGGAGCGCACAGGGCUGAAGGGCUGGAAGGGCCUCUCAUGGGGAAUGGUUCCACUUCUCGGUGGAGCGAUGUGCGCGUGCACCUGGCAUUUCUUCUACAAUUCAGAGUCUCUCGAGAUACUUGUGGCGAUUCAAGGCGCUCUAACGGUGAUCGGUAACAUAACAAUGUGCAUAGCCGCGUACCGCAUCUACAAAGGGUCGCAAGAAAGCACUAACAGCGACAGUCCAUAGCCUAUAUUUGAAUACCGUUCUUAAUUUGUAAUUCUGCUGCUCCUGAUUCGAAACCCCCGCAAAUGAUGGAUGCAAACAAGGUAGACGAAGAAAGCUACUCGGAGGCUCGCCAUAAAAAUGAUUACCGACAGGCUGAGAGAAACUUAAUUUUCCAUCUUCUAUAAGACUAUAAUACAAAUGCCAGUUCAAAAACAAAUCCACCCUGAAAUUUGUGUAAGAAGAAACUUACCAAGUCCUUGCAUUUGAAUGUCAUGCAAGCGUGCCAUGUCUGAUCCUGAGCACUGAACGCUACUAGUAGCAGAUUAUCAUUCACCUGCGCAUA